AACACGCGCGGUGGAGGUAACUGUCGGUCAUUUCAGUUUGACGGAGGGGAGUCGUGAACUCGAACCUGAGAUUGUGAUUUUGGAGUAAGACAAUCUUUUUAAACUUUGGCCCCAGGAUCUUCAUCUGUACAAACAUCAACUGGGGCUUGGCCUGGUCACUUCAUUUUCCAGUCCCCCUUCUCAACAGACUUGAUUCUGAACAUGGACCUGAGCACCGUUCUACUGUUUCCGGUACAUGCGCUAGUGUGGCUGUACUCCUUUAUAAGUUUUCUGCCAUGGCAUUUUCUAACGGGGGCACGGGAAAAGAAAGCCCAGGCAAAGAGGCUCAAAUCCAAGUCUACCACAGGCAAGGAGGAUGGGCCUUAUCGUUCUGUGGAUCGCUUCGAUUCUCUGGUAACGGUGGAUUUUCCAGGAAAAGAUACGCUGGAUAAGCUGUUCGACCAUGCGGUGCAGCGUUUCGGUAAAGCAGACUGCUUGGGAACCAGAGAGGUUCUGAGUGAAGAAAAUGAGACCCAACCAAGUGGAAAAGUCUUUAAAAAGUUAAUUCUUGGUGAAUAUAAGUGGUUGUCGUAUGAUGAGCUGGAUGUUGAGAUCAGUAGUUUCGGGAGCGGACUGGCAGCACUCGGCCAGCAGCCCAAAAGCACCAUCGCCCUUUUCUGUGAGACCCGAGCGGAGUGGAUGAUCACGGCUCAGGCCUGCUUCAGACGCAAUUUCCCAUUGGUCACCUUUUAUGCUACUCUUGGAGAAGAGGCUGUGGUUUACGGAUUGAAUGAAUGUGGAGUUACACACCUGGUUACCAGUUCAGACCUGCUAGAAACCAAACUGAAGAGUGUUCUUCCUCAAAUCCCCAAACUGAGGCACAUCAUCUAUGUGGACAGGAAGACUAUCAGCACCGCUGGAUAUCCACAGAACAUGCAGAUCCACAGCAUGCACUCUGUGCAGCAGCUGGGAGCUAAGCCAGAAAACCUGAGAAGCGAAAUAGUGAAGCCCAUUCCGUCAGACCUCGCCGUUAUUAUGUACACCAGCGGCUCCACUGGCAGACCCAAAGGGGUGAUGAUCAUUCACAGUAACCUCAUCGGAGGCAUGGCGGGCCAGUGUGAAAGGAUACCUGGCUUGGGCCCGAAGGAUACAUAUAUUGCUUAUCUUCCUCUGGCUCACGUGUUGGAGAUGACGGCUGAGAUCUCAUGUGUGACCUAUGGCUGCAGGAUCGGCUAUUCUUCGCCACAGACACUGUCUGAUCAGUCAACCAAGAUUAAGAAGGGAAGUAAAGGUGACUGCACUAUGCUGAGACCUACCUUAAUGGCUGCCGUCCCUGAAAUAAUGGACCGAAUCAAUAAGAAUGUCAUGAGUAAAGUGCAGGAGAUGAACUGCGUGCAGAGAACCCUGUUUAAACUGGCCUACGACUACAAACUCGAACAAAUCAAGAAGGGUUAUGAUGCACCCCUUUGCAAUUUGGUAUUUAAGAAAGUGAGGGCUCUGUUGGGUGGAAAUGUGCGGAUGAUGUUGUCUGGAGGAGCUCCUCUGUCUUCCGCCACCCAGCGCUUUAUGAACAUCUGUUUCUGCUGUCCUGUUGGUCAGGGAUAUGGUCUUACUGAGACCUGCGGUGCAGGAACUAUUACUGAAGUUGCAGAUUAUAGCACUGGACGAGUUGGAGCUCCUCUGAUCUGCUGUGAGAUCAAACUUAAAGACUGGGUAGAAGGUGGCUACAAGAAGUAUGACAAGCCUCAUCCCCGUGGUGAGAUCCUCAUCGGUGGUCCUAAUGUGACCAUGGGCUACUACAGGAAUGAUUGCUCCAACAAUGAGGACUUUUACAUAGAUCAGAACAGGCAGCGAUGGUUCUGCACUGGUGACAUUGGAGAGAUGCAUCCUGACGGAUGUCUUCAGAUUGUUGAUCGCAAGAAAGACCUCGUGAAACUUCAGGCUGGAGAUUAUGUCUCCUUAGGCAAAGUCGAGUCAGCAUUGAAGAACUGCCCUCUCAUUGACAACAUCUGUGCGUAUGCAAACAGUGACCAGAACUACGUUAUCAGCUUUGUUGUUCCAAAUCAGAAGCAGCUCACAGCUCUUGCCCAUCAGAAGGGUAUCGAGGGCACAUGGGAACAGAUCUGCAACCAUCCAGUUAUGGAGAGAGAGGUUCUGAAGGCAAUUAAAGAAAAUGCAACUUCAACUAAACUGCAGCGUUUUGAGAUACCAGUCAUGGUCCAUUUGAGUCCGGACCCGUGGACCCCUGAAACAGGUCUGGUGACCGAUGCGUUCAAACUGAAGAGGAAGGAGCUGAAGAACCACUAUCUCAACGACAUUGAAAGAAUGUAUGGCCACAAGUAGGAUCUCUAACAGCCAAGCCAAAGACAUCUUUAUCAAACCCUCGGCGUGCAAAAGUGCUGUAGAUCAAUAAAUGUUUAAAAAACAUUUUGCCACAACUUCACCACUGCCCAUAGCUUAGUGAUGUGCACAAAAUUUCGAAGAGAAACUGUCUGUGUUUUUUAUUCUUGAUAACAAGUCGAGCUGUGUGGUCUCUUUGCUGUGAAAUAAUUUACAAUAGAGCUGUAGCGGAGUAGCUUGAGACUUUUUGGGUAAGUGACAAUAUUCAGCUUAUCCAGCUUAACACAUUCACUAAUUUUCCUUUUUUUUGUAUACUAAAAGAAUGGUUUGUAAAAAGGAUUUCAACCAUACAACAGCGAUAUACUGCCUUCACCUUGAGCUUUUGUUUUGCUUUAGACAUUUGUUUACUUAGUUUGAUGUAAUUUAAAACAAAUUGCUAACUGAGGUUAAGUCAUCACACUGCAGAAUUUUGCCUCCUGUGAGAGGCAAAUAAUUUAUAUAUAUAUAUAGUCAUGUUUCUGUGCCUUCUGAUGUUGAUUAGUCAUGAAAAUAUGUGCUCUUCAUCCACAUAAUAUGCCAGUGCUAGUGGUUUCAUAAUGGUUACAAUAUUUUUGUCUGAAAAUGUAUAGAUCUGUAUAAAGUUCAGCAGUAAUACUAACUACACCUUUUCUUAGUAAAUGUGUUCAUGGAAUGACUCAGGACAACGUGGUUUGUUGUUAGAAGUUAGACUGACAUCUUAAAUGAAGGGAACCUUUUUAUGAAUAUUUUCUGUUAAUCCAGAGGUAAAGGUUGUUAUAUCCUAGCUAUAUCAUCUUGUAUUGGUUUUUUUUUCAUUCUAGUUUUGGCCACAUCUAGAAAAAAAUCUUUGUUUGUUACGAAUUGGCUUUUGAAACAUUUAAUCUCCUCAAUUCUAUAUACUUCAUGAGGAAGCAACAAAUGAAAAGUUUAAAAUCUGUAAUCAAGUUUAUGAAUUUGUCCUCCAGUCCUGAAAAAUAACAUUGCACUCAGUAUUGUCAUUUAUUUGGUUAAAAUACAUUAAUUUAAACCCAUGUUUAAUUUAUUUUGAACAGUUGUGAUUGUGUAGACACUGUAAUCCGCUUUAUUUUGGUUUACCAAUGUUUCAUUUCCAGCUAUUUGUAGUGUAAAAUUUAUUUAUUAGUAUUUUGUCAUUUGCACUAUUUUUUGUUCAGGGAUUUAGCCAUUGUUUAUUUAUUAUCCAUUAAGCCAACAAAUUCAGCCGUCGCUUCAUCCCCUUUGGAAUGUUUUUUUUUUGUUCAUUCUUCAGGGUUCCAUCUCCAUAAGCAAGAUUAUACAGUGGACAAAUGUUUGGAUUUGAGAAAUUGUGAAUUUGCCUGUAGUGUGUUCUGAUGCAUAUUUAUUUGAAUUGCAUUUCAUUGUAGGUCACCAUAUGUAAUGCUGCAAAAUAAAGAUGUUUUCUACU